AUGAUUCCGCAACACAAGAAGCAACCCAUGACUCAACUCAAGAAAAGCAUGAUCGAAGUGGCGGUGAAGCCCAGCGUAAGCAUAAACGCCGUGUCGUAUAUGGCCGAGUCGUCGCAGGAAAGUGAGCUUGGUAGUUCAACCUCACGGAAUAAAACAGCUCCAUCCAGUGACAUUGACAUCGCCACCUCCACUUCGGCGAAUCCUGGCGUUAAUCCGGGCGUGAAGCCCGGAUUAACGAAGUAUUACGCGACAAAAGCCGCGGUCACGGUAAAAUCUACGGAAGAACCACCCAGUGUGAAGAGUGAUUACCCUACAGUAAAGGCAGAAGCGACCAAGAAAAUAUCGAAAAACGUUGGAACACAAGGAGGCCGUCUGGAAGUGCUACGUAUUCCAAAACCCAAACCACGAAGCAACCAACGAAUAAAACUAAAGCAAGCUCGGCUGGAGAAACCCGCAAAGCCUAAUAAGCUAGCCGUUAUUACGUUACCGGACAAACAUGUGCCAUCUGUGUCUCGCGUCAUCGUGUGGGCAACAAAUACUUCCGACCAGAAUCAUGUCAGCGAGAUCUUGGCAGGAUACCCAACGAUCUUAAACGACGAUUUCAUGAAUGCGCGUGUUGCACACAGCUGUCGAGAGUCUGUGUCUCCCAAGGACUACGUCUACAACUUUGUAAUUCCCAAACCGCUAGUAAUUAAGCUGAAAGCGGUCAUUGAAGCAGAACGGAAGAAGCGACCCAAGUCGAAGUAUUUCAACCCCGUGGUUGAGCACCAGGACAGCAACACCGAAGCAAUUAUUGCAUAUUUUCCUGGUGGAACGCCACGAUUUACAAGGAGCUGGCAAACGAAGUGGUGGUACAGCUCGAGGGCGCUUGUUUAA